GAGAGAAUCUUUUUUUUUCUAAUCCGACUCAGCUUCCAUCGUUCUCUCCUUUCUUUCUUCUGCAAUCUGCUAAACGCCUAUAAAUUCCCGCUUCGGGUCUCCCAUUGAGAUCCCAUAGUCCCAUCUGCCUCCGACUCCGAGUCCUAGUCAUCUUCUUGCGAUCUCCAUUGUUGCUGUCGGGAGCUGAAACCUUAAUCAGCGUCCACUGUCGGGGUCGGGUGAAAAGCGUACAGUUUUGAUCAGAAGGUUUCUCGGAGACAUCGAAAGGGGGAAUAGGAGAUAACAGAGAGUGAGAGAGCGUGUUGAGAGACAGAGGUGAGCGAUGGCGAUGGCGAUGGCGGGUAGGAAUCUGGAGAAGCUCGCGUCGAUCGACGCGCAGCUGAGGCUUCUCGUCCCGGCGAAGGUGAGCGAGGACGACAAGUUGGUCGAGUACGACGCCCUCCUGUUGGAUCGCUUCCUCGACAUCCUCCAGGACCUGCAUGGCGAAGAUCUCAGGGAAACGGUUCAAGAGUGCUAUGAGCUAUCUGCUGAGUAUGAAGGAAAGCACGACCCAAAGAAGCUCGAAGAGUUGGGGAAUGUUUUGACCAGUCUGGACCCCGGGGAUUCCAUCGUGAUCGCUAAAUCCUUCAGUAACAUGCUUAACUUGGCCAACUUGGCCGAGGAAGUACAGAUUGCUUACCGCCGAAGGAACAAGCUGAAGAAGGGAGAUUUUGCUGAUGAGAACUCUGCUACAACCGAGUCGGACAUUGAGGAAACCCUCAAGAGGCUCGUGUUUGACCUCAAGAAGUCUCCCGAGGAAGUAUUCGAUGCUCUUAAGAACCAGACCGUGGAUCUCGUGCUUACUGCCCACCCCACUCAGUCUGUUCGUAGAUCUCUACUUCAGAAGCACGGAAGGAUCCGAGAUUGUUUGGCCCAACUAUAUGCUAAGGACAUCACUCCAGAUGAUAAGCAGGAGCUUGAUGAGGCUCUCCAAAGAGAGAUUCAAGCGGCAUUUCGAACGGAUGAGAUUCGGAGGACUCCACCAACUCCGCAGGAUGAGAUGAGGGCAGGAAUGAGCUACUUCCAUGAAACAAUUUGGAAAGGGGUUCCUAAGUUCUUACGCCGAGUUGACACAGCUCUGAAGAAUAUUGGGAUAAAUGAGCGGGUCCCCUAUAAUGCCCCCCUCAUUCAGUUCUCUUCGUGGAUGGGUGGUGAUCGUGAUGGUAAUCCAAGGGUGACUCCUGAGGUGACAAGAGAUGUCUGCUUAUUGGCUAGAAUGAUGGCAGCAAACUUGUACUAUUCCCAAAUAGAGGAUCUUAUGUUCGAGCUUUCCAUGUGGCGUUGCAGUGAUGAACUUCGGAUCCAUGCUGAUGAACUCCACAGAUCCUCAAAGAGAGAUGCAAAACACUAUAUAGAGUUUUGGAAGCAAGUGCCACCAAAUGAACCAUACCGUGUAAUUCUUGGCGAAGUGAGAGAUAAGCUCUAUCAAACACGAGAACGUGCUCGGCAGUUACUAGCUCAUGGUGUCUCUGACAUUCUCGAGGAAGCAACCUUUACCAAUGUCGAGCAGUUCUUGGAACCUCUCGAACUAUGCUACAGAUCUCUCUGUUCAUGCGGUGACCGACCAAUUGCUGAUGGGAGCCUCCUCGAUUUCCUCAGACAGGUCUCCACCUUUGGUCUUUCCUUUGUGAGGCUCGACAUCAGACAGGAAUCUGACAGGCACACGGAUGUUCUGGAUGCAAUCACCCGUCACCUGGACAUUGGGUCCUACAGGGACUGGCCUGAGGAGCAACGUCAGGAGUGGCUUCUUUCCGAGCUUGGCGGCAAACGCCCUCUCUUCGGUCCUGACCUUCAAAAAACUGAGGAGAUCUCUGAUGUCCUAGACACAUUCCAUGUUUUAGCUGAACUCCCAGCUGAUAGUUUCGGAGCUUACAUCAUUUCCAUGGCCACUGCCCCUUCUGAUGUCCUAGCUGUCGAGUUGUUGCAGCGGGAGUGCCACAUCAGACAACCUCUGAGGGUGGUUCCCCUAUUUGAGAAGUUAGCAGAUCUCGAGGCUGCUCCCGCUGCUCUGGCCCGUCUCUUCUCAAUCAACUGGUACAGAAACCGAAUUAAUGGAAAGCAAGAGGUCAUGAUUGGUUACUCAGAUUCUGGUAAGGAUGCUGGAAGACUGUCUGCAGCAUGGCAAUUAUACAAAGCUCAGGAGGAGCUUAUUAAGGUUGCAAAACAAUUUGGUGUUAAGCUCACGAUGUUCCAUGGUCGGGGUGGGACUGUGGGACGAGGAGGUGGGCCCACUCACCUUGCUAUCUUGUCUCAGCCGCCAGACACAAUCCAUGGGUCGCUCCGGGUUACAGUUCAGGGAGAGGUUAUCGAGCAGUCUUUUGGGGAGGAGCACCUGUGUUUCAGAACGUUGCAGCGUUUCACAGCAGCUACCCUUGAGCAUGGAAUGCACCCGCCAGUUGCUCCAAAGCCCGAGUGGCGGGCCCUAUUGGACAAGAUGGCUAUCGUGGCCACUGAAGAGUACCGAUCUAUUGUCUUCAGAGAGCCCCGAUUUGUUGAGUACUUCCGCCUGGCUACACCUGAGCUUGAGUACGGUCGAAUGAACAUCGGGAGCAGGCCAUCAAAGAGGAAGCCAAGUGGAGGGAUCGAAUCACUCCGUGCCAUACCGUGGAUCUUUGCUUGGACUCAGACAAGAUUCCACCUUCCAGUGUGGCUUGGGUUCGGGGCAGCCUUCAAACAUGUGAUCGAGAAGGACAUAAAAAACCUCCACAUGCUGCGAGAGAUGUACAGUGAGUGGCCAUUUUUCAGAGUUACAAUCGACUUGGUGGAGAUGGUGUUCGCCAAGGGUGAUCCGGGAAUUGCUGCUUUGUACGACAGGCUUCUUGUCUCCGAAGAUCUGUGGAUCUUCGGAGAGAAAUUGAGGACCAAUUAUGAGGAGACCAAAAGGCUUCUUCUUCAGGUAGCAGAUCACAAGGAUCUUCUUGAGGGAGACCUCCAACUGAAGCAGAGGCUCCGCCUCCGUGAUUCUUACAUCACGACCCUCAACGUGUGCCAAGCCUACACACUGAAAAGGAUUCGGGACCCGAACUACCAUGUGAAGGUGCGGCCGCACAUCUCUAAGGAGAUCAUGGAGUCCACAGGCUCGAGCAAGCCAGGUGACGAACUUGUGAAGCUGAACCCAACCAGUGAGUAUGGCCCGGGCCUCGAGGACACCCUUAUCUUGACAAUGAAGGGCAUUGCUGCUGGGCUGCAGAACACUGGCUAGGCCACAAGGAAUUCCGGUCCUUAGCUUUUCUUUCCUUGUGAUUACAAUACAAUACUUGAAGGUUGACCUAGCCCUGGGAUAAAAUUUACAGUUAAUUGAUUAGCUAUCAUCUGGAGCGGGUGUCUGUUUAGUUGUACGCCGUUUAGGGGUGUAAAUGAGACGAGACUAUUCGCGAACGGGUCGGGCUCGGCUCGACAAAAGUUCGAUUUCGGCUCGCUAGUUAAAUGAGCCAAGCUUAAUAGUAUUUGACUCACGAAGCUCUCGAGCCUAAAUGAGCUUUUAAUUUUAUUAUUAUUUGACUCAGGAAGCUUAAUUGGUA